AUGGUCACAUUGCAAGAGAACGGCAUCGAGACUAUGACCACUAGCGCCAGUAUGAAGGAUGGAGUCCAGGAACCCCGAAAGAGGUCGCUGCGCUUUAUUAAGCGACGCUGGCCUAAUAGAACGGGAAAUUUAGUGUGCUACAAUGGGGAUCAAGUCACUCUUCUUGCUCGCAUUUUCAGCAUUCCUGGCACACACGGUGCAAGCGUUGUACGCAGGCCAGUGCGGACCAACUGUGCCCUGCAGUGGUCCCUGCCAGCUCGGCUUGACGUUCCCUCGACUGUGCGGAAUCUGCGUCUGCGAGCCGGAGUGUCCGAUCUGUCCAUCGCGGUGCUACUACGAGCGCCGAGCAGGCAUGUGUCCGGCCUGCGCACCUACCCGCCACUGCUACAAGUAAUGGCAUCGCCGGAGUUAUGUUGCUCGGAACUGAAUAAAAGUUUGUGGACUCGUUGAUGGCUGCCGGAAUAU